AAAGCUCCAGUUUGCCCCUCUGGCCCAUCCUUGCCCUGUUCAGUUCCGGGUGGUGGAUUUGCCAAACACACAUCUGCUCUGUAAGGUGAAAACCCUCAACAAAGGUGAUGCCAACUCUGAAGUGACAGUGUAUUACCAGUCAGGUGCCAGGAACCUAAGGGAGUAUACUCUUAUGGAGCUGCUUGUGAUGCACAUGGAAGAGCCUUGCUUCGACUUCCUGAGAACCAAGCAGACCCUUGGAUACCAUGUGUACCCUACCUGCAGGAAUACUUCUGGGAUUCUUGGCUUCUCGGUCACAGUAGCAACCCAAGCAACUAAAUACAAUUCUGAAUUGGUUGACAAGAAAAUAGAGGAGUUUCUUUCUUGCUUUGAAGAGAAAAUCAAGCAUUUAACUGAAGAUGCUUUUAGCACCCAGGUUACAGCUUUGAUAAAACUUAAAGAAUGUGAAGACUCUCAUCUUGGAGAAGAAGUAGACAGGAACUGGAAUGAAGUUGUGACGCAGCAGUAUCUCUUCGACAGGCUUGCCCGUGAGAUUGAAGCUCUGAAGUCUGUUACAAAAUCAGAUCUGGUCACCUGGUUCCAAGCUCACAGAAGCAACAAGAAGAAAGUGCUUAGCGUACACGUGGUUGGAUAUGGAAAACACGAAGGGGACUCAGAGGUUACAGCUGUCUCGGAAGUACAGAAUUCUUCAUCUGGUGAAAUACCUCAUCUUAUUUUCUUGCCCCCGUCUUCUCUGAUGACUAAUGUUACUUCCAUCAAAGACAUCAAAGCGUACACAUCAACUCUGAAUGUUCUCCCUUACCAUAAAAUAUUAAAAUAAAAAUGACAUCUUGCCCUGCA